AAGCGAAAGCGAAUCAAAAGAAAAGCAACAGAAAAAUGCUUCCAAAUGGGUAAUAAUCCUAAGCCCUUUCCUUUCCUUUUUGACCCAUUUGAACUCGCUUUCUCUAACCGCCUCCAAAAUCCCCAAAUCCAUGAAACCAACCCGAUUUCGUCGUUGUUCAUCUAAAUCUCAUAUUGAUUUCUUCGCUAAUUCAUCAGUAGAGAAGGAAAUGACAAGGCCUCUGUGUCUGAAAUGAUAUCGGAUUCUUCACAAAUCAAGUCCGAGUAUGGCUCAACAGGGAGAGGGAUGGCCUCUUGGUUUACAGCCUUUGAAUCUAAGAGUUGGGGUACCUGGAAACAGGGACUAUUUUGGAUCACUGUCUUUCAACACUUUGAUCACGGCUUCUCCUAUUUCAUUCACUGAUUCUUCAUCCGAUUUGGACACUGAGUCGACGGGAUCAUUCUUCCAUGACAAAAGCAUCACACUAGGGAGUCUAAUAGGAGUUUCUAACAUUUUGGAGCUCUCAAGAAGAUCAAUCAGAGGAAGAAGAACAGAAAGCACAAAGAACAAGAGGAGCAAUACCAGAUCAAGAACAUGGCUCUUCUCGUUAUGUUCGAGGGACAACACCGAUGCAGAUAGCGUCUACAACGGCCCGUCGUUAGGCCAAUUCUUAGAAGAAGAAAGAAGAGCAGCAGACGAAAACAGAAGAAAUCAAAGUGUAAUGAUGUAUGGAGGAGAUGAAAUGGAGUUAGCUCAGUCUGCUCCAGAACCAAACUCCUUAUUCAUCAAUGGCUGUGUGGCUCCUCCUCAACCUAGCCUUGGUUCAGAUGCUCAUACUGGAAGAAAUGGCGGAACUGAACCACCAAAUGACCAUGGAAUUGCAUUGCUUUGUUCUUGCGUUUGUGGACACUGAACUUGCUUUGAUAUUGAUUAAAUUUCUUCUUGCCUUUUGAAACAAAUAAUUAUCUCAAUUUAGAGUUACCUUUUCUUUC